UUGAGACCUUAUAUUUCAUUCUUAAAGCGCUGGAUGUAGUAUGUCUCUUUACUUCUGUCUGACAGGAAGACAGUAAUGGCGAAAACACAGACCGUGAAGAACGCAGAGAAGUUGGUGGAGAGAAAAAUGAAAGGAAACGACGCCUCUCAUGAUGCUUCGCACGUGUGGAGGGUCAGGGAUCUUGCUCUGUCCCUUGCCCGUGAGGAAGGCUUAUCUUCAAACUCUGAUUCCAUGGAAAUUGUAGAGCUUGCUGCACUUCUUCAUGAUAUAGGUGACUAUAAAUACUUGAGAGACCCAUCUGAAGAGCAGAUUGUUGAUAAGUUUCUGGAGGAAGAGGGUGUGGAUGGAGUAAAGAAGAUGAAGAUCUUAGCAGUCAUCAACGGGAUGGGUUUUAAAGAGGAACUUGCAGGACAGACAACUGAUGGACUUCCUCCAGAAUUUGGAGUUGUGCAAGAUGCUGAUCGUCUUGAUGCGAUUGGUGCAGUUGGUAUUGCUCGAUGUUUUACUUUUGGUGGAAGUCGGAACAGGCUGCUUCAUGAUCCUGCCAUUCUCCCUCGUUCAAAUUUAUCCAAGGAACAGUACAUGAAAAAAGAAGAGCAGACCACUGUGAAUCAUUUUCAUGAGAAGCUUCUCAAAUUGAAGGAUUUGAUGAAAACAGAGGUUGGGGUCUGAGCAAUGAGAGAUAUUUCAGGCUGGGCAGAAGAGGGCUGAGAGAAGGCACAAGUUUAUGGAGGAAUAUUUGAAGGAAUUUUACGACGAAUGGGACGGACGAGCUUGAAAGAGGUAAACUUUUUUAUUUCGAGAAAUUGUAGCUGUUAUUUUUGUAUAUGAACACACAGGACACUUGUGAAUGUUCACAAGGAAAGGGUCACAACAUUUUUGUAUUGAACUUCUGUUGCUCAUUAGGGUGUUAGAUUUGCAUUUGAUCCAUAUUGCUGUUGCCCAUGAUGCUUUUUAAGUAUCAACCUUGAAUCCUUGAUGAUGACCAACUAGUAUAUUGUCUUUAAUGUUGCAAUCAUUAUUCAUUUUACUUU